AUGUCUCGCACAUCGCCUCUUGCGCCGCUGCGACGAAUCGGCGACGACGUCUACUUUUACGAACCGGUAGGGCCGGCAGAUGCCGACUACCAGGGACCCUCUCUCGUCGUCCUGUCGACGUGGCUCGGGGGCGCCUCGGCCAAGAACAUCGGGCGCUACGUGGCGGGACACCGGAAGCUGUUUCGCGAUGCGGCGGUGCUGCUCGUUACGGCGCGGCUGUCCGAGAUUACCGUGACGCCGUUUGCGCGGAUGCAUUCGCGACUGCAGCCCGCGAGGGACAUCCUUGUACGAUAUAUCCUUCGAGACGGCAGCGGCGGCACAUCAUCCUCGUCACCGUCGAUACUAUGGCACGUCUUUUCGGGUGGCGGGCUCAACAUGGCGAUUCAGCUGGCACGAAUUACGCGGCAUGAGCUUGCGGCUGGCGGACACGCCGCCUCGCCCGGCGACCUCGACCGGGCCAUGGGCGGAGUCAUCAUGGAUUGCUGCCCGAGCGACGGCUCGCUGAGCAGGACGUUCAAGGCGGCCGCCUACUCGCUUCCCAACACGUUGCUGUCACAGACCAUCGGCCGGCUUCUCCUCUUCCCGACGAUUGCGGUGCUGCUGGCGAUGCAGAACUCUGGCCUGUUGGGGAGAGGCGGCUCCCUCGGGGACAUGCAGCGCGCCGCGCACGAUCCGGGCGUGCUUGGCCGGAGCGUGCGCCGCAUGUACCUCUACUCGGUCUCGGACAAGAUUGUGCCGUGGCGUUUUGUUAACCAGCACAUGGCGGAGGCACAGGACAAAGGGUUCGACGUGGAGGGGGAGGCGAUCCCCGGCGGAGGGCACUGCGCGCUGCUGCGAGGCGAUGCGAACAAGUACUGGCGGGCGGUGGAGAGGUUCUGGAGCGAGACGGAAGCGCGACGUGAUCCUGUGGUGACGGGUGCUGGUGCUGGUUUUAGUGGGAGCAGAGAAGGUGGCGAGAUGGGGGAAAUGUCCCCAGUCAUCGCAAUGCUGCGCAGUCGUCUCUAG